GCCCGGGCCGGCGGGCGAGGGCGGGGACGCGGCGCUGGAGCCGGCGCUGAGCUUCACCACCACCGACCUGAGCCUGGUGGAGAUGACGGAGAUCGAGUACACGCAGCUGCAGCACAUCCUCUACUCGCACAUGGAGGCGCAGGCGGCCGACGGCGAGCUCGAGACGCGCCUCAACUCGGCCUUCUUCGCGGCCCCGGCGGGCGGCGCGGGCUUGGCGGCGGCGGCGGCGGGCGGCGCGGGCUUGGCGGCGGCGGCCGGGCCGCCCGUGUACCCGGUGCUGUGCCCGCCGGCGCUGGCGGCGGACGGCGGCUUCGCGGCCUCCAGCCCGUGCCUGGGCCACAUCGACUUCCAGGAGCUGCGCAUGAUGCUGCUGAGCGAGGCCAGCCUGCCGGUGGCCGUGGCCGGCGCGGCCGAGAAGACGCCGGGCGGCGGCGCGGGCGAGGCGGCGGCCCGGCCCAAGGCGGCCGACGGCGCCACCAAGGAGAACGCGGCGGCGGCCGGCGAGGGCGCGCCCGAGGCCCGGGCCAAGUCGGCCGUGCGCGUCCGCCUGGAGGACCGCUUCAACAGCAUGCCUUCCGAGCCGCCGCGCGGCCCCGAGCCCCCCGAGACGGGCGUCGCGCUCAACAAUUUGGUAACUCUUAUUCGACAUCCAUCAGAAUUAAUGAAUGUUCCCCUUCAUCAGCAACAAAACAAGUGUACGACGUUAGUGAAAAAUAAAACUGCGGCUGCGACCACUGCUUUGCAAUUCACGUACCCACUGUUUACCACAAACGCUUGUUCUGCUACUGGAAAUUCUAAUCUUUCACAGACACAGAGUCCUGGUAACUCCUGUUCUAUACUUGAAGCUGCCAAGCAUCAGGAUAUUGGAUUGCCCAGAGCAUUUUCUUUCUGUUAUCAGCAGGAAAUUGAAUCCACUAAACAGACUUUAGGCAGUAGAAACAAAGCUUUACCUGAGCAGGUUUGGAUUAAAGUAGGAGAAGAAGCGCUAUGUAAACAAGCAAUAAAUAAGAGGAAUCGAAGUAGAAUACGUCAGUUGGACACAAAUGUAGAACGAAGAGCCCUUGGAGAAAUUCAGAAUGUGGGCGAAGGCUCCACAGCCGCACAGGGCGCUUGGCAGUCAGCGGAGUCCUCACAGUCCAACUUGGGGGAGCAGACCCAGAGCGGGCCCCAGGGAGGAAGGUCUCAGCGUAGGGAGAGGCAUAACCGAAUGGAAAGAGAUAGAAGGCGCCGAAUCCGCAUUUGCUGUGACGAGUUGAACCUCUUAGUUCCAUUCUGUAACGCCGAGACGGACAAGGCGACAACUCUCCAGUGGACAACGGCGUUCCUGAAGUACAUUCAAGAAAGACAUGGAGAUUCUCUCAAAAAGGGCUUCUUGUGCCUCCAGCUCCUCCCACAGUGGACGUAGGCCCAGGCGUGUAGAAUGUGGGGCUGCCCCUCUUGUGAGCCUUGUGAUGAGAAUGGCCGUGUCUGUUCCCCAUUUCUGUGUUACAUAAUUUCAUCUAGUUCCUUAUUUUCACUAGACACAUAAUUGCACUCUUUAAAGUGCAAUCCUCAUUUUAUGGCAAAUUUACUCUAAUUGGACCAUUUAUAGUAACUUGUGGCGCUCUGGUGGCGCAGUGGUUGAGAGCUAUGGUGUGCUACGGCUGCUCCUUGGAAACCCUCUGGAGCAGUUCUGCUCUGUCCUACAAGGUCCCUGUGAGCCGGAGUCGACUCAGCGGCAGUGGGUGGUCAUUUAUGAUGCAGUUACUCUUUAAUACUAUGUAUUAGAAGUAGGCUAUUGGUUUGUUUUAAUAAAAUGAAGCUUUUAUAUUUUAAAAAAUGAUUUAAUGAUUGGCUCUGUGUAUCUAUUAGUAGUAAAUUACUAUUAAUGUAAUUUAUUAAAGUAUAAAAAAGGUGUUUAUCACUUGUAGAUUAAAAGCUUUUGCUACCUGUGUCUGUGUAUUCUCAAAGAUUAAGUAGAUUAAAAGCUAAUUAAUAUCACACACCCACACAUAUAUGUGUGUAUAUCAUGCUUCCUGGAUAUUUCUGAUAUUUAAUUGUGUUGAAUUUGUAGAUUGUUUCUGGCCCAGAUUGUCAGACACGGGCUGAGGAGAAUUAGAGCAGAAAUAGCCUAAACGUGGCUGCACUUAGCUAUUUCCUCAGCAACCUUCCCCCUCUUGUAUGAAUAUUUUUGUUCUUUUUUUUUUAGUUUUAUUUUUUUGUUGUUGAUAAUGUGCACAGCAAAACAUACCCAAAGUUAACAGUAACUGGAAAGAUUAGAUAAGAAUUUAGGGAGUAGUGAAUUUAUGUCAACGGAAGGGGGGUAACAACUCAGAAAAGGAAGGUGAGAAUGGUUGCACAACUCGCAGAAUGUAGUCAGUGUCACUGCCCCCUAAGCUCCUAUCGUAUCUUUCCAGUUUCUGUUGUCACUUUGAUCCCACACAGAUAGUUCUUAAAGGACCAUAAUGCUGAAGGCAGACAUUUUAAACUAGUUAAGCUGAACUAUUGUUUGGUUUUAAGAAGAGUUCGGGGGAUAUUUUUGGUUUAAGGUUUAAAGAUUAUCUGUGGACAAUAGUUUCAGGGAUUCAUCUAGCCCCCUUGGCUCCAGAAAGUCUGGAGUCCAUGAGAAUUUGAAAUUCUGUUCUACAUUUUCCCCCUUUUGAUAAGAAUUCUUCUAUAGACUCUUUGAUCAAAAUGUUCAGUAAUGGUAGCUGGGCACCAUCUAGUUCUUCUGGUCUCAUGACAAAGGAGACAGUUGUUCAUGGAGGCAAUUAGUCACACAUUCCAUUUCCUCCUCCUGUCCUGACUCUCCUUCUUCCUCUGUUGCUCCACAUGAAUAGAAACCAAUUGUUGUGCCUCAGAUGGCUGCUUGCAAGCUUUUAAGAUCCCAGGAACUAUGAAACGAACUAGGAAGUAGAACAGAAGCACUAAACACAUUAUUAGGCCAAUUAAUUGGAAUGCCCCAUGAAACCAUGACUGAAAACCUCCAAACCAAGGAAUCAAAUCCCAUGAGGUGUUUGGUUGUACAUACUCAGCCUCAGCAGCUUUUUUUUUUCUUUUUUUGUCAUUGUUGUAGAUUUAUCUAUUACUCAACUUUUGCCAGUUCAGCUUUUUACAGGUGUUCAACUUAUUGACAGUGUUUUGUUCUUAAAGAUGCAGUACAUGAGAGUUUUUGGUGAUUGUCCUCAACUUUUUCAGUACUCAUUGCAUUCAGCAAAUCUUUCCUGCUGUAGCCAGGCCUGCUGCAGAUGCUGGGGGUACUUAGAAUGGGACAGACAGAGUCCCUGCUCACCUGGAGACAGGCAGUGAACAAGUGGACAAGUGCCAUCAGACACUAUCAGUCCUGUCAUGAGCUGGGAAAGGUUGUGCUGACAGCAUGAGUCUGCCCAGGGGCAUUCUUUAGACUGAGGGUCAAGGAAGGCCUCUGAACCCAGACCCACACGAGGAGGAAGAGGAGGAGGAAGAGGAGGACGAGCCAGCCUGGUGGGGGGGAGCAGCAGUUCCAGAGUCUUCAGGGGCGCACUGCUGUGGUGAGGGGGACAUGGGGGCCAGCAGUGCUGGAGUUGAUCAAGAGCAGUGACAUGAGGUGUGGUGGGAAAGGUGGGCAGGCGCAGAGUGUGACACCUACACGUGGUUCUCCUGGAGGAGUGGCCCUGGGGGUCAGAAGCAGGGGGUGACAUUUACAAAGCUCUCUCCCACUGAGUGUGGAGGGACAAUUCUAGGAGAGAGGGGCUGGAGGCAGGAUGCUGCAGUGGCUCUGGCAAGAGGCAGCUUGGCAAGGUGGUAGCAGCAGAAACAAGACAGGGCUUUAGGACGUCUGCUGGUGCCAGGCAUAGACGUGAUGGAAAGAGGAGCGGGGCGGCUGGGCGUGAGCCGGGCAGCUGGUGCUGUCCGCUGAGAGGGGAGGACUGGGCAAAACAGGAAGGGGCUGCUUCUCUGGCUAAGCUUCCAGUGCCCGGGAGGUGGGAGUGCGGUGCUGAGAAGGCAGUGGUGCACACGUGACUUAGGAGCACAGGCUGGUCGGAGAGAAAAACUAGAGAGUCGUCAGCAAAGAGAUGAUUUGCUUAGAGUUAUUUCUGUAAUGAACAUACAGUGCAGUAAAUGCCUGUAUAUAGUCAUCACCUAAUCUCAGCAGGUAACAUUUGCCGUAUUUGCUUAACACACAUACAUACACACACAUUUGCUGACAAUUUCAAAGACAAUAACUGACAUCGUAAGCCUUUGCCUCUAAAUAUUUUUGCGUGUACCUCCAAAGAACAGGCAUGUCUCAGUCUCAUUAUCCCCCUCACAAGUCGAUAGUAAUUCUCCUGCAUGAUCUCAUACCCAGUCCAUAUUCAGAUUUCCCCACAAUGUUGCAAAACUGACUUCUAAUGGUUUUGUUUUCCAAACCAGGACCUAGCCCUGGGUGCGACACUGCACUGGUCAUGUUCCCUCAGUCUCUUUCCGCUACAGCACUCCGCACCCCACCCCACAGAUGUUUUGUUCAAGUAUACCAUUUUAACCAUUUCUGAGUGCACAUUUCAGUGGCAUUAGGUACAUUCACAAGGCUGUGUAACCUGACUGCUGUCUAUUUCCAGAUCUCUUUCGUCACCCGAAGUAGAAACCCAGUGCCCUUUGAACAAUAGCUUCCCAUUCCCGGCUCCCCAGCCCCGGGUAACUGCUAAUGGACCUUCUUUCUCUGUACGUUUGCCUAGUUUAGAUGCUUCCUAUAAGUGGGAUCAUGCAGUAUUGUGACUAUUACAUUUAGGAUGACGUCUUCCAGGUUCAUCCACGUCGUAGCAUGUAUCAGAACUUCAUCUCUCGUUAUGGGUGGGUAAUGUUCCAUUGUGUGGAUGGACCCAAUUGUGUUUAUCCUGUGGGUGGACACUUGGGUUGUGUCCUUUUAGCCCCUGUGAACAAUGCCAUGAUGAACAUGGGUGCACAAGUCUCUGAGUCCCUGCUUUCAAGUCUCUGGAUAUAUACCUAGGAGUGGAAUUGCUGGCUCAUGUGAUCAUUCUAUCUUUAAUUUUUUGAGGACUGCCACGCUGUUUUCCCCAGUUAUUUUUUAUGACAUUGACAUUUUGAAGAGAUGGGGUCAAUUGUCUCCAGUAUGGCCUGCGUUUUGGAUUUAGAUGACACACUUUAUUUGUUUAUGGUCAUUUUUAAUUUUGAUAUAAUUUUUAAUGUACAGAAAAAUUGCAAGAAUAGCACAAAGAGCUCCUGUAGACCCAGGUUACCCGGAUUCGCUAGUUGUUCACAUUUGGCCCCUUUGUCCUGUCAUUCUCCAUCUCCCGCACGCUUUCCCUCUUCUUCGCUGUGUCUAUAUACAUAUAUAUAUAUAUUUUUUUUUUCCUCAACCACUUGAGAGUAAGUUGCAGACAUCAUGCCCUUUAUACCUAAAUACUUCGGUGUAUGUUUCUUAAGGAUAGGGAUAUUAUCUUAGGUAACCAGAAUACAAUGAUCAAAAUCAGGAAACUUAAAGUCAAUGUGAUACUAUUAUCUAACUCAGUUGUCCCAGUAACAUUCCCUACAGCUGUUUUUCCCCAGUCAGAAUCCAAUCCCCGCAUCCCCGUUGCCUUGAGCAUUUUGAGUUCAUGACGUAAAUCUCAGGAAGGCUUUCCAGGUGACCCCGCUCCACCUCCCUGGCUCUGUCCCUUCCUCCUCCACCCCCAUCAUCCCUGCUUGUCUGAGGUCAGGCUGGUGUGCUCUCCCAGCCCCUGUCUCCAGUUGUUGGUGUUUCUCUUGUGGACUUUGCUCUCCUUACCUGUUGUCUGCAUUCCUCUCUCUUCUCUUCUUUGCAUUCUCUCUCAGGUCCCUCCCAACAGGUUUGGCCACCACCUCACGAGGCUGUUGAGUCAGGGGCCCCAGGGUUCAUCUCGGGCUGAACUCACUUGUCCUCUCAGUGGCACCUGACGCACCUGGUGCGUUCUUCACCUGACGUCCAGAACGCUGCCCCCUGGGGUCCCUAACCCCUCACUGGGUAGGCCUUCUUUUCUCCCCGUUCUCAUCUGUGGCUCGGGGACUGAGUGGCCUAGCAAAUUGGAGACUCACCAGUUGGUGGGUGGCUCCCUGACCCUGCCCGACGUGUGGCUCCCCCACCAUCCUGUCCGUAGUGUGGCUCCCUGACCCUGCCCGACGUGUGGCUCCCCCACCAUCCUGUCCGUAGUGGGGAUCGGCUGCCUGGCUUGGUAGGCUGUGUGUGGGAGGAGACUACUCCCUGCAUGGACUGGGGUCCCGCACUGCAGACAGGCCCCACCUGUGGCCUUGUGCCUGCCAGCUCUGCAGUUUGCGCUCUAGCUCCAGGUCAACUGGUCACGUGUUCCACCUUCUGAAACAUUUCCAUCUCCUCUUGUUCUAAUGAGUUUAUGUCUUUUGAGUCCUGUCGUCAUUUUAGUGGGGUCUGAGGAGGAAUCAGGGUCAAAACUCACAUUUCUGCUUUUUAAGCUCUUCCAUCUCUCUGAUUUUGUCCCCGUUUUUUUCCUGAGCCUUGCGUCUCUGGUGGGGUGGUCCGCCCAGUCUGUGGAUUUGUGUGUGGAGGGGUGAGUGGUAGUGUUUUUUCUGCCAUAUUUUGCUUUUAUAUUUAUUACGUGAAAACUUUACCUUCAAUUCUAUUAUUUCCUUCACUUUUUACGUUAGUUUUUUUUUUUUUUCCUGAUGUCUUGAAUGUUUAUUUUCAAUCUUAUUUUCUAAUAAAUGCACUUAGGGCCUAUUUCUGUCUAGUGCAGUUUUGAAAGCUUCCCACUGGUUAGGAUACAGUGUUCUCGUGGUCACUAGAUUCUCAGUGUCUUGGAAUUUUUGUUUUGUUUGCUUCUUCAACACAUGAGUCAUCUGGAAGUAGGUCUUUUUGCGCCAGGUAUUUAGGGCUCCCUGUCAGUCUUUUCAGAAACAGCUCUUUGUGUGUCUCUCUUUUUGCCACGUCAUCAGUGAAAGGUGAGUGUAUAAAAAAGUGAUGUUUUAAAGUGUUGAGACUUCCAUUGUGACCUGUUUUAAGGCCAAUUUUUUAAAAGUUUUGUGUUUGCUUGGAAGGAAUGUGUUCUUGUUUGGAGAAUUCUGUAUGUUUACGGGAUUAAGCUGUCUGCCAGGCCGGUAGUUUGUGAGAGACCGUGUACAUGGGACGUCUCCACAAUGACUGGGCUUGCCAGGGCUCCUUGGGGUGUUCUUGGGGUUUGCUUUGUGCAUUUCAGAGUGUUGUUAAAAACCAAAAAAACCCAAACCUGUUGCCAUCGAGUCAAUGCCGACUCAUGGCAACCCUAUAGGGCAGAGUAGAACUGCCUCGUAGGGUUUCCCAAGGAACUGCUGGUGGAUUCAAACUGCCGACAUUUUGGUUAGCAGCUGACUUCUUAACCACUGCGCCACCAGGGCUCUUGUUAGCGCCAACAAUUCAUGCCUGUUCUGUCUUCCUCUUGAGUGGAGGUUUGUUUAUCAAUUUUCCUUUCACCCUUUGCCUUGAGCUCUCUCUUUUCUGAUCCAUUUACCCCAUCAGCUUCCUUCCUUUUAAUAACUUCCUGGCACAUUUUUCUGGCCACUAAUGGGAACCGUCUUUUUCGCACUGAGAAAUACAAUUUUUGUUGUUGGCAUUGUUCUCAUAUUUACAUAUCUAAUGUGUUGACUUGGGUCAGAUGCCAUCCCAAGGGGUUUUGAUAAAGUGGUGAGGCGCCCUUUAAAGCUCAGUUAUUUCACAUUUUUUAUUGUAAGUAGAAUUACUGGGGCAUUGCUCCUACCUCUGGCCUCAGCCCAGUACGGGGAACGGAGGAAGCCUGCGUGGAUGUCCCACAGCUUCCCCCAACUCCCGGUGAGUUGCCACACCCUCCACUCCAGGGACCCUGUGAGGGGUGGAUAGAACCACAGCUUCACCCUACUGCUGGCAGAGCUGUUGAGAAUUAAGUCGAACCCUAAGGGCUAGCCUCAUCAUUCUGUGAAUCACAUCUGAAAAAUGAUUCUCUUCUUCUUUCUGACCUUUAUUUAGUAAUUUUGAGAGGUAAAUUCCACCUUACUAAAUAUAGGUGGAUAUUUUAUACUUGGGCCUUGGGUGUCAGGAUAUAGGGAAUUACUAAAAUGUGGCUCAUCUUAAAUUGUAUUAAGAUCCUGUUGUUGUUGCCGUUAGGUGCCGUUAAGUCACUUCCAAUUCACAGCGACCCUAUGCACAGCAGAACGAAACACUGCCCAGUCCUGCGCCAUCUGCACAAUUGUUGCUAUGCUCCAGCCCAUCGUGCAGCCACUCUGUCAGUCCACCUCAUUGAGGGUUUUUGUCUCUCUCUCUUUUUUUAAAUUUUUAAAGUUUGGGAGGAAAAUUAAAGUGUAUGUAUAUGCAGAUACAGCUUCUGAAUGUAUGUGGUAGCAGCAAGUGGCAGAUGCUUUGGUUGGGAAGCACUAAAAACAUGGAUUGGUGGAAUGUCUGUGCCAUAGCCAUCCUGAACACCGAAAAAUUACACUCAUGGCAGCAGAUACUGCACAAAAGGACAAGUCUUGUAUGACCCACUUCUACAGACGGAAAGUAGACCAGAGGCUAGCAGGGCUGCGGAGGAAGGGAUGGAGAGUUACUGAGCAAUGGGUGACAGAGUUUCUGUUUGAGACGACGGGAAAGUCUUGGAAAUAGAUGGCAUUGAUGGUUGGACAACACUGUGAAUAUAAUUAACACCACUGGAUUUUACACAUAAAAAUGGCUAAAAUGGUAAAUUUCAUGUUAUAUGUAUUUUACUACAGUAAUACAUAUAUGUUUAUAUACACAUAUAUAUAUACUCAUAUAUGUAUACCUGGAAACCCUGGUGGCCUAGUGGUUAAGAGCUACAGCUGCUAACCAAGAGGUCGGCAGUUCAGGUCCAUCAGGUGCUCCUUGGAAACUCUACGGGGCAGUUCUACUCUGUCCUAUAGGGUCGCUAUGCGUUGGAAUCAAUUCGAUGGCAGUGGGUUUGGGUUUGGUUUUUACACAAACCUAGAUUUCAUUGAAUAAGAAUUCUACACUUUAAAAAAGGAAAAAUCUUAUCAUGGAAAUUUUCAAACAUGCUCAAAAGCAGAGAAACUAGAAAGGGCACGCCAGGUCACCCUGACUCAGCUCCAGCCGUGAUUUCGUCUUGUCAUUACCUUCCUGUGGCAUUACUUUAAGGUCAUCCCACACAUCAUGUUAUUCAUAAAUGGAUCUCUAAAAAAGGGGGCUGUUUAAAAACAUAGCAACAAUGUCAUUAUCAUACCUAAAAAAAAACCCGGAAUAUUCCUUAAUAUCAACUCACAUUCCGAUUUCUCUGGUUAGCUUACAAAUCUCUUUUUACAGUUGGUUUAUCUGAAUCAAGAUUUUAAAAUUGCAUUUGGUCAACAGCUCUUAAAUAUCUUUCAUUGCUGUGAGUCAGAAUCGACUGGAUGGCACAUGCCAGCCACCCUCCUUCUUUCUUGCCUAUGGUGUGUUGACAGAAGGGUGUCAUCUAUCCCGUGCACUUUCUUA